UGUGAACGUUAAUCUUAUUAUCUUGUUGCCCUGCCACAGUUUAGUUAUUGAUACAGUUCGAAUAAUGUUAUUCGGGCAAUAAGAUAACAGUCUUCUGUAAAACUAUAAUUUGAGUUAAUUUUUAAUGAUGAAGAUUGUCGUGGGAUUGACACUACUAUGUCUGGCUGGACUUUGCCAGCAAGGAGUCAAAGGAGUAGCCGUGAUGAGUGUGGACCUAGGCACGGAAUGGAUGAAAGUGGCCAUUGUAUCUCCUGGUGUGCCAAUGGAAAUAGCAUUGAACAAGGAAUCCAAGCGAAAGACUCCUGUCGUCGUGUCAUUUAGAGAUGGCGAACGGACUUUUGGUGAAGACGCACAAACUGUUGGAAUCCGAUUCCCGCAGAACAGUUACACCUACUUGUUGGAUUUGGUUGGCAAAACUGUUGAUAAUCCUAUGGUGAAGUUGUUCCAGAAACGCUUCCCUUACUACAACAUUGUUCCUGACCCUGUAAGAGGAACUGUAGUUUUUCAGCAUGACAGCGAAACCACUUAUAGUGUGGAAGAAUUGAUAGCCAUGAUUUUCCACAAAGCCCGUCAUUUUGCUCAAACUUCAGCAAAUCAGGCUAUCAACGAGGCAGUGUUAACAGUCCCAGGGUAUUUCAACCAGGCUGAGAGAAGAGCUAUCUUACAAGCAGCUCAGCUAGCGGACCUUAAAGUGUUGCAACUCAUAAAUGACUACACAGCAGUGGCCCUCAACUACGGUAUCUUCAGGCGGAAGGACUUCAACGAGACAGCUCAGUAUGUUAUGUUCUAUGACAUGGGGGCGUCGAGUACAACCGCUACCGUGGUCAGUUAUCAGAUGGUCAAAGUCAAAGAUAAGGGAAUUGUAGAAACGCACCCUCAAGUGGCUAUUCUAGGUGUUGGCUAUGACAGAACCCUUGGAGGGUUAGAAAUGCAACUUAGACUGAGGGACUACCUUGCCAAAAAGUUUAAUGAGAUGAAGAAAACAACAAAAGACGUGUUUGAGAACCCUAGAGCCUUAGCGAAACUGUUCAAAGAAGCUGGUCGAGUUAAGAAUGUCCUUAGUGCUAAUGCUGAUCACAAUGCUCAGAUAGAGGGGCUGCUGGAUGAGAUAGACUUUAAACUGCAUGUGACAAGAGAAGAGUUUGAACACCUCUGUUCUGAUCUUUUUGAAAGAGUAAAAAAUCCCGUUGAACAAGCUCUGAAAGUUUCUGGGCUUUCAAUGGAUAUAAUAAGUCAGGUAGUGCUGGUGGGAGCUGGGACCAGAGUACCCAAGGUACAAGAGAGACUGUCAGCUGCUGUCAACAUGGAGCUGAGUAAGAACCUCAACACUGACGAGGCGGCUGUGAUGGGAGCUGUGUACAAAGCUGCUGACCUCUCUACUGGGUUCAAGGUCAAGAAGUUCAUCACCAAGGACGCUGUUAUCUUUCCUAUACAGGUUUUAUUCGAGAGAGAAACCACAUCCGAAGAAGGUUCAAAACCAGUAAAGAGGAUGUUAUUUGGUCCAAUGAAUCCUUAUCCUCAAAAGAAGAUCUUGACAUUCAACAAGCAUCAGUCUGACUUUGUUUUCACUGUACACUACGCUGAACUGGACCACAUACCUCCACAUGAAGUAGAUGUGAUCGGGUCAUUGAACCUUUCGUCAGUCAGUUUGUCUGGAGUGGCUCCAGCAUUGGAGAAACACAAGGCCCCUAACACAGAGUCUAAGGGAAUCAAGGCUCAUUGGGUGCUAGAUGACAGUGGCAUUCUGAGUCUAAGCACGGUGGAGCUUGUGUUGGAAAAGUCCAUCAGUCCUGAGGAGUUAGAAGCGGAGGAGUCUCCUCUGUCCAAGCUGGGCAGCACCAUCAGCAAGCUGUUCACUGGACCCGAGGACUCGCUGAAGGAACCUCUGGAGAAACCGGUACACGAGGAGCAAGACGAGUCUAAAGAAGCGGAACCAGCACCUCCCAAGAAAGAGGAAGGAGCAGACGGGUCAAAGCCGAGUGAAGAAACUGUCUCAGGAGAAGACAAAAAGAAUGCAACGUUGAAAGACGGAGAGAAGAAGAAACCGAAAUUGGUUGUGUUGAAAGAGCCGAUUGCAGCUAACCUGUCAGAACACGUGGUACCCGGCUUGGCGGAAGAACAUUUACAGCAGUCUAUUGCCAAGAUAGAAACCCUGAACAAAUACGACGCAGAAAAAAGUCGAAGAGAAGGUGCUCUCAAUAAUCUUGAGAGUUUCUUGUUUGAUGUAAAAAUGAAGUUGGAAGAUGAAGAUGAGUAUAAAUUUGCAGCCACUGAAACCGAGACAGAAUCUAUAAACAAGAUGGUGGCAGAGCUCUCGGAUUGGUUGGAUGACGAAGGGUUCUCGGCUGACGCAGUUACCUUUGAGAACAAACUGUCGGAGCUGAAGUCAUUGACCAAGCCAGUGUGGAAGCGUGUGAAGGAAGCUCGGGAGAGACCCGAGGCCAUAGCAGCACUGAGGUCUACAGUCAACGGUAGUCGCAACUUCCUCUCGACCAUCAAGAACAUGACAGCGUCGCAGACAGUAGACGAGGGAGAUCCUCCGAUGUUUACACAAAUAGAGUUUGACACAUUAGAGAAAGUCAUCAAUGAGACUGAGAAUUGGCUGGAAAAAAUGAUCGUUGAUCAAGGGAAGUUGAAACCGUCUGAAUCACCUGCUUUGACAGUUAAAAGCUUAGUAGACAGGAUGAGCAGUUUGGACAGAGAGGUUAAAUAUUUAGUCAACAAGGCUAAGAUAUGGAGACCCAAAGUAAAAAAAGAAGAACCAGCAAAAGACAAAAACACAACUUCAAGUACCAAAGAAAAAGGUGAAAAAUCAGAAGAUAAACCUACUGAAAGUAAAAAGGAUGAAGAAAAACCUGCUGAAAGUAAAAAGGACAAAGAGAAACCUGUGAAGGAACCUCAAGAAGACGAGAAGUCUCCACCUUCAGUUGAAGAGGAACAUAAUACCAUAUAUUUAGACGAAGAAACGUCAGAAAAAUCAACAACGGAAAAAUCAGAAGAGAAUGUUACUGAACAGCCCAGUACAACAGAGACAAAGACAGAUGAAACCAAACACACGGAACUAUAACAAGAAGGGAUUUUAGGUGUCCGAUAUGACAAUUUAAAGGGACGAGUACUGGUGACAAGACAAGGCUGAUUACCAUCGAGUAUUAUUCAAAAGACUCGUUAAUCUUUUUGUCUUGGUUUCCUUUCAGUGCUUUUGGUGACUUUUAAAAAAAAAACAGUGCACUGGUUUUCUCAUUUUGUGGGUUUUACCACAGUUAGGCUACUAGUUUAUAUUUAUUUUUUACCUACCUACCAAAAUAAGUUCUUAUUAUUUCUGAUCUACUUAAAUAUACUGUAGAAUGAAAUAUGGUCCUUAAACAGUUUUGUAAAAACUGAUUUAAUAGAUUUCACCUAAGUUUACCAAUUAAAAGAUUGUUGGUAAGAUAUAAAUCAUAUUCUAUUUUUCCUCUGUGUAUCACUUGUGGUUGUGUUUGUUAAAUGUAAUUUAUUGUUUGUCAAAUAGUUUAACUAUUUGGAAGUUAUGUUGCACACAAAUCAAUUGAUUGUUAAUCGUGCUGUCAUUAGCACUAAUAGGUUUGAAAUAUUUUUUAUAUUCCACAAAUCAUUCCAAUUACCGAGUUAGAAUGCUUUAAUUGUUCAUGGAAUGAAUUCCCCUAAUUAAGUUAUUUAUUUUGUCAUUUAUAGUUUGUACCUAUGUGGUGAUUCAUAAAUAGUUGAUCUAUAAUGUUAUUUUUAAUUUAUUUAAUAUAAAACUAUGUGAAAA